ACCACCCCCCCCCCCUCCCCCCACCAUCUCCCUCCCUCCCACACCGAAAAGGCCGCGCGCGGCGACACUGUCUGAUCCAUCCCGCCUCCACGUUCGCCACGUGCGCGCCACCUCCCCCGCCGCGCGCCUCCGUCGGGAGCGAGCGAGAUCGCGAGCCCGCCGUUCGCAGGUCGAGGCAGCGAGUUGGAGGCGGGCAGGCCAUGGGGACGCUCGUCCGGCCAGGGCCCGCCGCCACCGCUGCGGGGGCCGCGUCGCCAAUCUCCAUCGCCUCCUCCUCGGCGCAAGCGGCGGCUGGCGGGGGACGCGCGUGGAGCUCGCGGCGUCGGGUGUCGGUGGCGGCCUUCCGGUCCCCGAGCCCGCAGGUUCUGGCGACGAGGUGGCGGCGGCGGAGAGAUACGGCUGUGCGCUCGGAUGCUGUAGCCGGUGGCGCGGCCGCCGCCGCAGCCGGGGAUUCCACGCAGGCGCUGUCGGACCUGCAAGUGGCUUCAAGAGUCAGAGGUGUUUGCUUCUAUUUGGUGACUGCAGUUGCAGCAAUCUUUUUGUUUGUAGCUAUGGUUGUGUUUCAUCCACUUGUGUUGCUAUUUGACCGGUACCGCAGAAGAGCGCAGCACUACAUUGCGAAGAUUUGGGCUACUUUGACGAUUUCCAUGUUCUACAAGCUUGAGGUUGAGGGAAUGGAGAAUCUACCUCCAAAUAGCAGCCCUGCUGUCUAUGUUGCUAACCAUCAGAGCUUCUUGGAUAUCUAUACCCUUCUAACUCUAGGGAGGUGCUUCAAGUUUAUAAGCAAGACCAGUAUCUUUAUGUUCCCUAUUAUAGGGUGGGCAAUGUAUCUCCUGGGUGUGAUUCCUCUGCGGCGUAUGGACAGCAGAAGCCAGCUGGAUUGUCUCAAACAGUGUGUGCACUUGGUUGGAAAAGGAGCUUCUGUAUUUUUCUUUCCCGAGGGGACUCGAAGUAGAGAUGGCAAGUUAGGUGUAUUUAAGCGAGGCGCAUUCAGUGUUGCCACAAAGACCGGUGCUCCUGUGAUACCUAUUACUCUUAUCGGGACUGGGAAAUUGAUGCCUUCUGGAAUGGAAGGCAUCCUCAAUUCAGGUUCAGUAAAGGUUAUUAUUCACCAACCUAUUCAAGGGAAUAAUGCAGAAACAUUAUGUUCCAAAGCAAGGAAUGUGAUAGCAGAUACUCUUCUUCUACAUGGUUAUGGAGUGCACUAAAGCAAUUGGGUGCUUUGGUCUAUUUCCAAGAAAACAUUCCAAGGCACAAGUACUUGAGGCAAAGCUUGUUGCCAGGUACUGAUGCUAACUGCCUACUCUGAUAUUGGAGAAGCUAGGCAAUAUUUGAUCUUCAGGAGUUCUGGUUGCUCUUUGUUGAAUAGUUUUGUUUAUGUUUUCUCACAAAAAAGUUUGUUUAUGCACUGUAAUUGCCCGAGAUCCUUCUAUGCUGAAGAUAUUUGAUGCUGUUCUCCACUGCAACACUAGAGUAGACCUUUGAAAAUAAUGGAACUGAUUGACACUGGAGGUGUACUUGCUCUUUGUCCUUC